AUGAACAAAGAAGAGAUGCGCAGACACGCACUAUUCUGGGAUGUGAUUUCCCCUGCGGACUUGGGCAAGGAACAACUUUGGGUCCAAAUCAACAUGCUGAAGAAAGGACUGGCAAAGCUGAAAGCCAGCGGCGUGGCAGAAAAUCUGGCAAGUACCGUGUUCUCUUACUUCACAAACGACCUCAAAAGGGAGCUCGAUGAACCCAUUCCAGACGACCAUGAGAUUCUGUCCAGUAAGAAGAUCAAAUCGGAAGAGUUCACAAACGACGGUGUCGACGCUGCCAUACCCUCACAUGCAGGGGAGUAUGUGAACCGUUAUUGGGGGAAGCAACCCGAAAACCCAUGGACUCCAGAACGAAGCGAGGAUGAGAAAAAUCUCAUGAGCCAACACGAGGCAUGCCGUGCCAAGCAGACUUUCGUUGCAGCUAUGGGUACUUACUGGAUUCAGUGCCCACUCAUUGAGCAUAAACACCCAGAACUAAAAAGUAGUCUGCGCAUGGUUGUUCAAGGCCUUGAUGAUCAUACACAGGAACGUGGCUUGCUCGAGGCCCACCUCAACCUUGGGCUAUUGAAAGGCACCAUGUCCAAGAUUGGUGUUACAGACACCAAAGCCAGCGUUCAAGAGAUGGUGGCAAUGGGAAAUGCAGGAUUGACAAGGACACAGAAAGACUUCGAGACGUUCUAG